GCGAGCAGCCACAGUUCAGCAACAGUCGUUGGAAUGAAGUCUUGCCUGGUGAUUCUACUCGUCUCCGUUCUGGCCUUGGUCCAGGCCAGUGCUUAUCGCGGCUCUGAUGAGGACUACUCAGUGUGGCCGGCCGCCACUUUGGACGAGAGCCAUCCGCACUCCUCCAACUGGCCCUGCGAUGUGGGUCACUUUCGCCAGGCCUACGUCCUAAUGCACAAGGUGGACAAACGAUUGGCCCAGAUUGACAGCGAGGACCUCAAGAAGCGGAUCCAGAACUUCGCUGUGGAUGAGUUGAGGAGGUGCACCGCGAACGGACAAAUGGACGAGCACUGCGUCAGGCGCUCGAUCGGUAUUACCAUGGCCUUUAUCCACCAUCAGAAAACUCAGGCGAAUCGGCUGUAAGAAAAAUAAAUUGUGAGCAUUAACCGAAAAA